AAGGAAGCAGAUGACAGCCAAUUGCUCAGGGUAGCUGCCCAUGUCCCUGAUCUUAUUGUGUACGGUGACUUUACCCAGGAAAUACCAGUCAUUGAACAUUUUGAUGGUGUCCUGCUCUUCAUAGACAUCUCAGGUUUCACAGCACUGACGGAGACCUUCAGCUUGGGUGCAACCUUAGACUAUGGGGCUGACCAGCUCACCCAGACGCUCAAUCAAUACGUGGGUAACAUCGUGGAGGAGGUGCUGAUUUUUGGAGGUGACAUACUGAAAUUUGCAGGUGAUGCAUUGCUGGCCCUCUGGAAGGCGAAACGUGACGCUAUACCUGACAUAAUCACUCUGGCACUGAAGUGCAGCUUGGGCAUUCAGGAAGAGUAUGGAGUUCAUGAGACAAAUGUGGGACUGACGAUGCGAGUAAAGAUAGGGGUAUCCGCAGGCCACAUCUCAAAAGUUAUUGUGGGAGACAACAAGCAGCAACAUUUUGUGGUAAUUGGCCGGGCAGUGGAAGAGGUGCGAAUAGCACAGAACCUAGCAAAAGCUGGUGAAAUCAUUCUGUCACCCAACUGUUGGGAGCUCUGUCAGCGGAAAUUACUUGUGAUAGAAAAGAUUCCGGAUGAACGAGCUGUCAAGCUUAAGUACCUUAAGGAUGUCCCUGCGGACAAUGAAGAUGCAUUCUAUGAAAGGUGCACAGAGCACCUGAAGGACAAUCACAUCUCUGACAAUCUUGACAUCCUGAGAACCGCAUCAGCACUGGCUCCAAAUAAAGCCCUUGAGAAAGGAUUGAGAAAAUUUGUGACGAGGAACGUCUUGAAGAAGAUUGACGAUGCCCAGCCACUGGAGUACUUAUCAGAGCUCCGCCCAGUUACCACCGUCUUUGUAAACUUGCAGUUUCACGAAAACGCCAAUAUAUAUCAUUUGACGAAGGCCCUUCAGGAUGCCAAUGCCUUUAUCACAGAGACAGUACACCCCUUCAGAGGGAAGAUCAACAAAAUCUUCAUGUUUGACAAGGGCUGCACUUUCCUUUGCAUAUUCGGUCUCCCUGGAGAUAAGCAGGCGAAUGAAGGCACAGAGGCCCUUGACUGUGCCUAUAAAAUCCACAAGUUCUGUGCGAUGUCUCUCAUGAAAAUAAAGGUCGUCUCCAUUGGAGUCACCAGCGGGACAGUGUUCUGUGGAGUAGUUGGCCAUCAUGUCAGACAUGAAUAUACAGUCAUUGGUCGGAAAGUGAACCUGGCUGCCCGGAUGAUGAUGUACUAUCCGGGAUUAGUGACCUGCGAUGAGGUCAUCUACUCAGAAUCCAAGUUGCCGUACUAUUUCUUUAAAGAGCUCCCAUUAGCCGAGAUGAAAGGCAUUCGGAACCCUGGGCCGGUCUACAAAUACUUUGUCACUGAGAAAACAAUGAUUGGCAAGGCAUAUCUGACCAAGCAGAGAUAUGAAGAGUAUCCUUUACUGGGUAGGAAAAGAGAAACAGAUCUCUUUGAAGUCUCGCUGGAAAAAUUCAAAGUUUCCAAAAAAAGCCAUAUCAUGUUGUAUGAAGGCCUCUUUGGAUACGGGAAAAGCCAGUUGAUGGCUGAAAUUGCCUUCCUAGGGCAAGGGGUUGGCCGAAAGGUCGUGGCUAUGGAGUUAGGGAAGAUCAACGGGUCGCAGAGCUUCUUCACCAUCCAGACGCUCAUGGCUAUAUUCCUGGGGAUUGACACCUGCAAGACCUACGAUGCCCGACAGCGCAUCCUUAUGAACAAAAUCCAAGCGAUAGUAACAGUCCCCUAUUUUUGCCUUCUCAACAAGCUCUUUCAUGUUAAGUUUCCUGCUUCAGAAGAGGUUUCUAAAAUGGACAAUGAACAGAGGGAUGCAAAGUUGGAAGAAGUUCUUAUUAAGAUCCUUGCAAAGGCAGCAGAGAAAGAAAUUAUUAUUUUUGUCAUCGAUGAAGGUCAGUUCAUCGAUCCUGCCUCCUGGGACUUUCUGGAUAACUUGCUGAGGUCCAUCCCCAUCUUCAUCGUCAUGUCUUUGUCUCCUUCCGAAUUAAAGGGACUAAUACUCUGCUCCACUGCAGCUCGAAUCCUGGGCAGCAUGGCAAACACUUAUGUUAAAUUGAAGGAGUUGACCCCAACUGUGAUUGCUCAGAAGGCCUGCCAGGACCUGGGGGUGGUCAGCAUUGCCAGGGAACUUGAAACGUUCUUAAUACAAAGAAGCCACGGAAACCCUUUUUACUGUGAAGAGCUCCUCCGCAACCUCCAUUCAAACAAUGUCCUCCAGUUCUAUGUCCUGGAUGAAGAAGAGGAUAGCGAGGAUAUGUGGGACAACCUUUUCACCACUACAACUCUCAAGCCGCAGGGGUCCAAGCUCUUUGAAAACGAAGAGAUGCAAUCAUACGUUUGCUCUGUCAGGCAAAAUGUGAAGCUGCACAACGUGAUGCUUCCUCCAACUUUAAAAGGGGUUGCUCUGUCUAAGAUAGACAACAUGAGCCCUUCAGAGCAGAUGGUGCUGAAAUGCGCUGCUGUCAUUGGAGUGACUUUCCACACAAACCUGCUGUUCUACAUCCUCCCCAAAACGACAAAGUUAAAGAUGUACCAGACACUGGCAGCCUUGGUGGAAAGCCAUGUCUUUGAGUGUUUUACUGAAGGAAAAACACGGCUUUCAAUCCAAACCAUGGAUGUAUUCACCUACGAGCUGGGCAAUUUCCCUAAGAUGUUGACAACAGUUGAGCAAGAUUCAGAUCUUGGGUCAGUCGUUGAGAAGAGCCUCAGGCAAGAGGAAGCGGUGAUGAGUUGUAGAGUCAUGGCGUUCUGCACCCCACUCCUGCGGGAAGCAGCCUACGAGCUCUGGCUCAAGAGCCAGAAAAACAAGUUGCACCUCAAGUGCAUCAGGUACCUGGAGAAAAGCGCUCAUCGCUGCAAGCACUGUGGGAGUGGGGAUUUUGUGGCCUUCCACCGCCACAUAGUGGAUACCGGGCUGUGGGAAAUGAGAGAGGUGAUUACAAAUGAACCGGAAAGGGAACCUCUGAGCGCAGUGGCCUCGGCCAUUGUUUCCCAAACGCUGUUAUGUCUGGAUGCGACACGACCUACAGCACAGUCAUCCUUUGACUUUCUCUACAAACGAUGUACAAAUUUCAGCUUUGUUGACUUUGACUCAAGUAGUGGUAGAGCGGAAGAAGAAGAAAAAUCAUUUUUAUACAGGUUGGAUGAAAUCAUCUGGUAUAUUGAAUACGGUGUGAGAAAGAUCAAGACCAAGGGCUCCUGCAGUUGUGAAGAGACGGUGGAGUCUGUCAUCGUGCCCUUGUCCCACCACUCCAUAGCUCUGGGGCACAACGUCCGUGCCAUUUAUUACAUACUGGAAUGCGCAGCUGCUUAUGUGCAUCUUUCUAACAACUACAUGGCCUUUACAUAUCUGAAUACAGCAGAGAGCCUGUUAAAAUCCCUGGACUCCAAUGAGAAAAUCAUUAGCCCCUUUGAGAAGUCCGUUUUGUACACUCUCAAGGCUGAGGUCUCUUUCAAUAUGGGUCAGCUUAAUUUUGCAAAAAAACUGGUGAAGAAAGCUUUGGCGUUUUUGAACCGAAGCUUCCCACUGACCAUCGUUGGAGCCUUUUUCAUGUCCAUGGUAGAAACUUCCAAGCACAGGUCGCAUCAGAAGAAUCAGCCUUCUUGGGAAACAUCCAUCGGGUAGGAGAGAAGACUGGCUAUUCUGAACCAGCAGUGCCACUGCCUUUCUCUGCUAUGGCAAAUCUUUAGCCAAGACCCUUCCGGAAACAGCAAGAGACUGGCCCACUUGGCAGCUCUCAUGAUGGUGAACUGCGCAGAGGAGUCUCACAACGAGUGCCAGAUCAUCUCCUCUUACAUGGAGUUCUCGCUCUGCUGCCAGCUGAUAGGCCAUCAGCAUGAAUGGAUGAAAUAUGAGGCAAUGGUCAUCGAGCGCAGUUCCCACCUUGGAAUUGUUGGAGGAGAGCUCGUCACAAUAGCUAAACUGGCGGUAUCUUUGGCCUACAUGAAGCUAUGCUUGGGGAACCUGCCUUUAGCCAUUCAGCUGGGCUAUCGAGGGCAUCAGAUGUGUGUACAGAUGAAGAAAUUCAAACUCGACUACAGUGCUCUCUCUGACCUUUUCAGUGCUCUUUUUCUCAGCCUCAGGUACCAGGAAGCUGUGCAAGUGUUGAGCUGGCUGGAGGACCUCUCCUUCCGAGAUGACAACAUCAUUGGGAAAGCACACUUCAUUUCUGGAUGCCUGGAUCUCUUGCUUCAUGCUGGUUUUUCAUAUAAGCCGUUUCAAUACUGCCUGGACUUCAUUUGUGCCAACGAAAGAAACUGCAUCCUUAUGUCUCAAAGUGGCAUCAUGCUCAACCUGUACUCUUCCGUGGCAAUCUGGUUUGGCAGACUUGAGUUUUGGGAGGAAUUCAGAGGACCGUUCGAACAGGCCAGAAGGCUGGUGACGAGAACUACCGGCUCCCUCUCUGCUAAUUAUGGACUCUGCAAGUUUGUGGAAUGCGAGGCUCUGCUGCUGCAAAGAUAUAUUGGAGAAAGGCCCGACAGAGUUCGAGAGAUACGCAACAAGAUUUUAAAGCAUUUGGAAAAGAUAUUGACACAGUGCUCCACAAGCCCGGUCUACUACCCCAGAGUUUACCACCUGAAAGCCUAUGUCCACUUGAUGCUUGGGAACUAUGAACAGAGCGAAACGUAUCUCAAUAUGGCAUUCCAGAGCUGUAAGGAAAACGAGUUGGAGAAAUCUUGGCUGGAGUUUAGCCAGGAAUGGUGGUUCAUAGGAGAGGAACCCAUGGAAGACUGGUGGUUGAGUUCCGCUCCAGAUUUCCCAGUGUGGGAAGUAGGGAUGUCAGAGGUAGAGCUUGGACCAUUUCAAAGAAAUAAGUACCUGCUGAAGAUGCCAGAGCUGGAUUUUGACGAUGAGUUGCUGGAAACGAGUGAUGACCAGAUGACAUAG